AUGGCUUCUAAUACAGGAUUUAUCUGCCUUUUGCUCCUCUUGUCAGCAGCUAAGGCAGUUCAUUAUGUACAGACUGGAACAGAUCAUCUUUUCUGUGGGUUUCAAUGUCAUCAGCAACAUGGAAUCCUGAAGCUUCGGCGAAAUCACACAACUGUUCUUGUAGUUGAAUGUUUUAAGUUGGUUCACAAAAUUCAUCGUUGGGGGGACCAAAGAAUCAUCAUGAACAGUUCCAGCGGUUGCUUGAUGCUGAGAGAUGCUCAGAAGAAUGACACUGGUUCAUACCAAAUCUCUUUUUAUGAUGGUUCUAUUAUAUUAUUAUUAGAACCUAUAGGAAUUGUUGUAUUAGAUGCUGUGAAGAUACAGAAUAUAACUAGCAAUAGCAGCCUGCAGGGCUCAGAUGUCUCCCUGGAGGUUCUGUUCUCCGGAGGAAAUGCCUCUGUGUUAUGGGAGUUGGAUGGAAGCUCCCUUCCUCCGAGAUACAUCCUAAAAGACGACAACCGAACUCUUAUUAUUAAGAAUGUCGAUACGAAAGAUGCGCGGAGGAUGCUCACUGUCUGGGUGAAAAACCCUGUGAGCGAAGAUAAACGUGAAUAUCAUCUACUGAUUCAAGAUGAAAGAUGUCAGUACUGCAGAAGUCAUGAAGCAAUACUUAUUAUUUUACUUGUAUUUGUCAUCAUUGCUGUCUUGGGUUGGAAAUAUAUGAUUGUGCGUGGGUUCUGAGCUGCAUGGACAUUUCAAAGCCUCCAAAGCUCCACUGCUACCACAACUGGUCUCUAA